AUGGCCGUCGCCGGAGGAGGAGUGGUGCUGAGCCUGCGCGGCCCGUCGGCCUCGGCGUCGCCGGCGGCGGGGCGGCUGCGUAGGGUGUCGUCGUCGCCGGCGGUGAGGUGCGGGGCGACGCGGGAAAGGAUGCCGGCGGCGCCCCCGUACGGGGUGCUGGAGGAGGACCACUACCGCACUUUGAGGCUGCAGCCGGGCGCCUCCAGGGGCGAGGUCAAGAAGGCCUUCCACCGCCUCGCGCUGCAGUACCACCCGGACGUCGUGCGCCGGGGCGGCGGGGACGGACGCCAAGACGACGCCAUCGACUUCGAGCGGAUCAACGCGGCGUACCAGACGGUGAUGCGCAACAUGCAGGAGGCGGAGGCGACGCUCGAGUACUGGCGCCGCCGCUACGGCCUCGCCGACGAGGACCUCGACCGCUACCGCCACUACCUCAACGACGACGACGAGGACGACUGGUUCUCCGACUUCUGA